AUGGCUGUCAAACGCACGAUGCCUUCCGGGCACACAGCGGGCAUCUUUGCCGACAUGACCCUCGAUGGGCCCGAGAUAGGCACCCUGGUCGCCAUUGUUGAUCGAGCAAAGAACCUACCCAAUCGAAAAACCAUGGGCAAGCAAGAUCCAUACUGUGCCAUGAGAUUGGGUAAAGAAGCCAAAAAGACCGACACUGAUAGGAGAGGAGGACAGACCCCAAGGUGGGACCAAGAACUGCGAUUUACCGUCCGUGACGCACCCGACUACUACAAGCUGAAGGUCUCCAUCUUCAACGAUGACAAAAAGACCGAUCUCAUCGGCGAGUGCUGGAUUGACCUGUCCGACCUCAUUAUCCCGGGAGGAAAAGCCAAUGACCUCUGGCAUCAGCUGAAUUUCAAGGGCAAAUACGCUGGCGAUAUUCGUCUCGAAAUGACCUAUUACGACACGAAACCCAAUGCAGAGAUUGAAGCCACGAAAGAGAGACAAAGACAGAGGGCGAACUCUCCCGCCACAAAUUCGAGCCCACAUUCAGCUCCUCGCCAGCUAGGCCCCCGCGAAAUCAAGCGUCGACCACUACCUACAGGCCCCGGCCUCGCCGGCGCCCAACCUGCCGACUUCCCCCAGCCGUUGCGCAUCCAGAAUAGGCAGCAAGUCACACCUACAGAACAACCUGCCUACGUCCAUCCACACUACGUUCCUCAACCUCAACAGUACGUUGGCCCCGAAGGACCCGACGAUUAUGAACAAUACCGCAACAACCCAUAUGCAGACCAAUAUGAAGUAAGAGAUCGCGAGUAUGAUUUCGAAGCAACACAACCCACCUACGACGGAGGAUUCAGUCAGAGUUUGCCGCCCGUACCCAUGGAACCGCCUCCCCUUGAAGCUCGACACAGUGAUCCUGGCCCACUGUCCAGCAGCCCCCAACAAGGGUCGUCCUACUACAACUCCUCGCCUCCUGUCCGACCGAGUCCGACUGACCCAAGAUCGCAUCGGAUGAGCUCUUCGCCAACCAAAUAUGCGGCCUACCGGGACAGCCCUCUUCGUCAGUCGAUAGCCCCACAAGACGUCCCUUCAUUGCCUGCGAUACCUCCCAAGGUGCCACUAGGAUAUGAGGACGAACCUCCCUCUCCGCCACCUCCUCCUCCACCAGCACAUCGGGGCAGCCUUCCACGCCCGCUGGAAUUAACCUAUGGCACACCACCCCGUAUGCCCCAGCCGCCUCAACGUGACUCGAUUGGCGACAGAAGUCCGCUACAAAUGAUAGAGCACAACUACAGCCCCUACCCGCCGUCGGAUCGGGGGUCUACUCAGCGGCAGCAUCGAAAGUCGUUCAACCAUUCUGAAGUUCCGGUUCCACAAGUUGAGCGCCCAACCAGUUCAGCUGGGGACUUCCCUGCUCCUCAUCAAGUGGGUGUAAACUAUGGAGUUGACUUUCUUGCCGAGCCUGUUGAACAAGAUAAUCAAGGUCGAUACAUCCGACGUAACUCAAUGAUCGAGGAUCACGAUGAUCCAUAUCGAGCACCGCAGCGGGCACAGACGUUCGACUCCAGCGACUUUGACCAUGCCAACACUUACAGGUCGGACCCGCACGUUGUUCGCCCGAGACCCGUCAGCCCAAAUGUGAAUGUCGCAGUGCCGCGCAAGUCAGUCAGUCCCGCGCCACCAAUGGAUGAUAGACCUCAGUUUGGAAGCACACCCUUCGGGCCUGAUUCCUACAACGUGCUCAACCCGAGCUCUGGUCCGGCACAAAACGGGCCUCGACCGACUUAUCCAGCGAAACAAGAGAAGCCUGGCGAGAUCGAACCGAUUAUUGGAAAUGAUGGCCGCGUUAUCGACCCUUCAGAUCAUUUGCCAGCAGAAACGUGGGCCCCCGAGCCAGAGCGAAAGAAUCGGCAGCCUGAGCAUGUCAUCCGCAUACGGACCCGUGCAGAUGCACAGCAGACCCGAGCCGGUUCUUCGCCUGUUGCGGCGAGGACACCUCCGUCUCACAUAUCUUACAACAGCUCACCUGCUCCAGUGAAUGAGCCGGCCGUGAGUCCAACAUCGGAGCGUCGUAGGAAUAGGCUUCAAAAGCCAAUGCCUGCAACGCGUCCAUUGCCGGCUCAGCCAUUCCAGCAUGCUCAGACCAGCCCUGCGGCGAUCCCACAAACCAAGCAGUUCGAUCAAAGCAGCCCGGCACCGCAUCCCCGACCUCCGUCGAGCCACGGUAGCCAGAACAACAUGCAGAGAAGCUCGAUACCAUCUUCUCCUCAUUCCGCUGGCCCACCGCGUCCGCCUUUGACCGACUACCAGGUCCCCAUGUAUGGCCGCAACUCCUACUACCAAACAACGCCCACGAAGGUGCAGAUGCCGCGUCCACAGAGUUAUGCACCGCCAAGUGUACAUGACGAUCCUCUCGCUGCAGAAUUGAGCAUGAUUGAUAUUGGCCCGUCUCGAGGAGGUGGCCGAACCGCUGUGAGGAGUAGAGGGUACAGCGGAUACUGA